AUGUCAUCAGAAAAAAAAAUUAAAUCAGGCUCUCUAACCGGUGACCAAAAACAAACAAUUAUAGAUUUUAUGGAGUCACAUCCUCACCUCGCCAAAGGUAAGUUUAGUGCCUCAUUUACCAAUGAGAAAGCGACAAAUCUAUGGCAAGAACUUACAGCAUCGUUAAACAGUAUACCGGGAUCAAUCAAAGAAUGGAAAGCUUGGCGUCGAACUUGGCAUGAUAUGAAAGGAAAUGCAAAAUCUAAAAAGGUAAAGUUAAAUUUUCGAACUACUGGUGGUGGUGAAUCAAUAGCUACACCACUCAAAAAGUUGGAUGAAUCCCUAGUAGGUAUUAUAGGUGAAGUACCAAUAAUAGGAGACCCGCGAAUAAUGGAAUCUUCUGUUUCAUUUGAUUUUCAAAAGCCGUCAACUUCAACAACGUAA